UUUUGAUUUAUUUAAAUAAAAUUACCUAAAUGUCUUAUUGGAAUAGGUAUUCCACAUGCAUGUAUACCUAUAGGUAUCUUGGAUAUUCUAUAUAUCUACAGAUAUAUGGAAUAUUCCAAAUACCUUAAUUUAUAAAUAAAAAAUUAUUUACCUUAACAAAAACAACUCAAAUAUCCUUUUGCAAAUAUUUCUUGCUUAAUAUAAUCCUUGAUAAAAAUGAGACAAAUACUACUAAUUUAAAAUAGGUAGUUAUAUUUAAACUGUAAAAACAGUGUUGUUUACGAGGUUAACAACAAAAAAGGUAAUUUAAAAAUAAAAUAUAAUAUAAUCAAAAUUAUUUAAAAAGAGUGCUACAAGGUUCUAUUUUGUGACCAACCUAAGAACAAAUACUUGGAACAGCGCUUUUCUAAAUAAAUUAAAAUAAACGCGUAAUAAUCAGGACUAGGUACCAUUAUAGUAAAAUGCAUAAAAAAUAAUUUCUCUGAAUAGUUUGUUAAAGUGUAUUUAGGUACUUAAAAUCCGUAAUUCCUUUAAAAAAUCAAUAUCUAACCUCAUUUCCUAAAAGUGACCUUUAAUAAUGUCCAGAGAUAAUUUUUUAUUUUUUUUACUCUAACAUUCAAUUAAUUUCAUCGUUUUUGCGCCCAGAAAAUUGUUAAAAAUGAAGGUGGUAGCUCUGAUAAGUGGGGGCAAAGACAGCACAUUCAACAUGAUGCAGUGCAUAGCGGCAGGUCAUCAAAUUGUUUGCCUAGCUAAUUUGGUGCCCCACAGCAAAACAGAAAUCGAUAGUUACAUGUACCAAAGCGUGGGGCACGAGGCUAUAGACCUUAUAGCAGCUGCAAUGGACCUGCCGUUGUACAAAAAAGAAACAAUGGGGGUUGCCAACGAUCAAGGCAAAAAUUACAAACCCAGCAAAAACGAUGAGGUUGAGGACUUGUAUUUGCUUCUUAAAGAGGUUAUGGAGGAAAUGGAGGUUGAGGCGGUCUCUGUGGGGGCUAUUUUGUCUGAUUAUCAACGAAUAAGGGUAGAAAAUGUUUGUGUAAGGCUUAAUCUAGUUCCUCUAGCUUACCUCUGGCAACAAAAACAAGCCGAUCUGUUUAAUGAAAUGAUAAAAUGCGAAGUCGAUGCAAUUGUGAUAAAAGUGGCAGCUUUAGGUUUAGAGCCUAAUAAACAUUUGGGCCGCUCUUUGAGCUCAUUGCAGCCGCAUUUGUUUGCCAUGAACGAAAAAUACGGCCUAAAUGUUUGCGGGGAAGGAGGGGAAUAUGAAACACUUACUCUUGACUGCCCUUUGUUCAAAAGUAGGAUAGUUAUUGAUGAAUCUGAAAUUGUAAUGCACACAAAUGAUACCAUAGCUCCUGUUGGUUAUUUGGUGUUCAAAAAGUUAAGUUUAAGCCUAAAAACCCCAAUUUUGGACUUAUCAAGCCGCUUGGAUGGACUGCCAUUAAAAAAUUGUGAUGAUUACGUUGGUGACGAGGCCGAGGAAGACUUGGAAUAUUCAGAGAAAAAAAUAGAUGAGGAAGAAGACGACGCGGUAGAUGGUGUUGAUAACCACAGCGUUGCCAAAUCGCACAUAGAGCAAAAACCAAUAUCCGCUCAGAGCGCUGAUGGGUGGCUGUGGAUAGGCGGAAUUCAGGGUAAAUCUAGUGACCCGUCUGAAGCGAUGCAGGAGGCGAUGAAUAGUUUAAAGUCGGUCUUGGAGUUAUACGGGCACAACACAAAAGAUAUUUGCUCGAUUUGCAUGUACAUUGGAGAUAUGUCGCAGUAUUUAGACUUGAAUAAAUAUUACGUGGAGACUUUUAAUCAUAGCAACCCGCCGACGCGCGCAUGCGUAGAAGUACCAUUCGACAAGCGGUGCCCUCUACAAAUCGAAGCGCUAAGUUGGAGCCAAAACGGCUCGGGGGAUCCACCGAUUGAAAGAUGCACUAUGCAUGUUCAGAGUAGGUCUCAUUGGGCGCCGGCGAAUAUAGGGCCUUACAGUCAGGCAGUAAGAGUGGGAGAUAUUAUAAAAUUGGCGGGGCAAAUUGGCUUGAUACCUGGGAGUUUGGAGCUCAUUAAGGGUGGUAUAAGAGCGCAGUGUAAGCUCACGUUAAGACAUAUAGGUAGGCUUUUGAAGGCUGUCGAUAAUAAUGUGAAUUUAAGAGACGUUGUGCAGGGAAUUUGUUAUUUAACCGAUGUAGCUUAUGUUGAACCGGCAAGAAAAAUUUGGGAGAGUAAAACAAACAACGCCAUUGUUAAUUAUGUCGUUGUGACUGGUUUGCCCAAAAAUGCUUUUGUAGAAUGGUGGGUAUGGGCCCAUAAACACAACAACCAAUUUGAAUACGAGGAAAGGGGAAAACGCAUUGAAAACUUCUCAAUCUCAAUUUACCGUAGAUGGAACUACGAGAACAACAUAGCCGCCCUAGUGUGUCUGGUAGAGAACCAAGACGACACCGAAGAAGUCUCGAAAACGGUUUUCGUCGAAACGUUGAGUUACGUCAUCGAAAAACUUCAGCAAGGCCACGAAAACGACGAAAAAUCCGUGUACGAUUUGAAGGUGUUCUACCCGGGUAUGUGUACAGCCUCUUUUUCGAUGGGCGACACAGGCGUAAUGGAUCUGGAGGAGUCGUGGUCUUCAUCCUCGGCGAACGCGUCGUUUACGCUGCCUUGAGGUCUACUUUCGAGCGCCUGGAGUUUCCGGGAACCCCUCAACGAUCUAUUGAGGAAGUCUGUUUGAGCAGCUAUUCGCUCUUCUUCUUCCUUACGUUUUCUGAUCUGCUCCUGUAAGAAAGAGAAGCGAAAUGUUUAAAUGCCGGGUGUUG